UGCAGAUGGACUAGAGCAGAGUCAGCUCCCCGGCAUCAGCAGCACACGUCCUCCCCCUCCAUACACACUCACACACACACAUUCACACAGCAGGGACGCAGCUCUCACAUCCUUCCGUCGCUACAUUUAACCCUGAGCGGCUGCGUAAAGACGCGACCUGCUGAUAGAAAGCGCUCCGCGGUUCCCCCCCACCCCCUCUUUACUGUGCCCGGUAUAGGUCGUUCGUUUCCCGGCUGAAGAUCAGAGGAUGAAGCGGCUCUUUGUCACAUCGGUGCGGGACGGAGCCAUGAACCUCUGGCUGCUCUUCGCUCUGCUCGGACUCUGUGCAGCAAUCAGCCCCAGUAAACAAGACGACGAGGACUAUGAAGAUGUGCCCAUAAACAAGACCUGGGUGUUAUCACCGAAGGUCUAUGAGAGCGAUGUGACUUUGAUCCUGAACAAACUGCUGCUGGGAUACGACAACAAACUGCGGCCCGACAUUGGAGGCAAGCCGACAGUGAUUGAAACAGCCGUCUACGUCAACAGCAUUGGACCGGUUGACCCCAUCAACAUGGAAUACACCAUCGACAUCUUCUUCGCCCAAACAUGGUACGACAGCCGACUGAAGUUCAACAGCACAAUGAAGGUUCUCAUGCUCAACAGUAACAUGGUAGGCAAAAUUUGGAUUCCCGACACCUUCUUCAGGAAUUCUCGCAAAUCAGAUGCCCAUUGGAUCACCACGCCCAAUCGCCUCCUGAGGUUGUGGACUAAUGGAAGGGUCAUGUACACACUGAGGUUGACUAUUAAUGCGGAGUGUUACCUUAAGCUGCAUAACUUUCCAAUGGAUGAGCACUCGUGUCCACUGGAGUUUUCAAGCUAUGGUUAUCCCAAGAAUGAGAUCUUGUAUAGGUGGCAGAGACGUGCUGUGGAGGUGGCAGACCAGCGGUACUGGAGGCUCUACCAGUUUGCCUUUGUUGGGAUGAGGAACACCACUGAUGUGGCCCACACCCAAUCAGGAGAAUACGUAAUCAUGACGAUCUUCUUUGACCUGAGUCGGAGAAUGGGCUACUUCACCAUCCAGACCUACAUCCCCUGCAGUAUGAUUGUGGUCUUGUCCUGGGUCUCCUUCUGGAUCAAUAAAGAUGCCGUCCCAGCCCGCACAUCUCUAGGUAUCACCACUGUGCUCACCAUGACAACUCUAAGCACCAUCUCCAGGAAGUCCCUGCCCAAGGUUUCCUACGUCACUGCCAUGGACCUUUUUGUUUCUGUGUGCUUCAUCUUCACCUUCGCUGCCCUCAUGGAGUAUGGCACACUGCACUACUUCACAAGCAACAGACAGAGCAAAAAAUCUAAAGCCAACAAUAAUGCACAGAAAUCAUCCAGUAUGGUGAAUAUCCGUCCUGGCACAUCCCUUCUGCAGAUGAACAACAUUGUUCCCUAUCACGAGGAGGCUGACUAUGCAUACGAGUGUUUGGAUGGAAAAGACUGUGCCAGCUUCUUCUGCUGUUUCGACGACUGCCGCUCAGGUGCCUGGCGUGAAAACAGGAUGCAUGUGCGGGUUUCUAAGAUUGAUUCUUACUCACGAAUAUUCUUCCCUACUGCUUUUGGCCUUUUCAAUCUGGUUUAUUGGAUAGGUUACCUUUAUCUAUAAAAACCACCACCUCAAAAACACAACUGGAGUCUGACCACUGCAAGCAUUUCCAAGACGUCAAGCUUCUCUUUAAGCAGCGAUAAUAAUACCUACCAACGAGUUCGGCAAAGAAAGAAACACACAAAAUAUGAACAGUGCCUUUUUUUUCCUGACUGCACAUAUGCGUUGUCAUUGUAUCCCUCAGUCUGUCCAACACAUUGUUCAGUGUGCCAAGUAGAAAAUCCAAAGUGAAUAUGGUGACCCUAGAGUCUUUUUAUCAAGUACCUAAUUAAAUAUUCCUCACAAAAUAACAGGAAUCUAAAAAA